UGUGCCCUCUCUCCUCCGCCCUCUCUUCUCCCCCUUUUCUUCUCCUCUGUCUCAUCACUAUUUCUUCACCGUCCUCUGCCAGUGUUGCACCCUGGACGCCCUCAGGGAACAGGAGACUUGACCGGUGCAUGGGCAGCUGAACAGUGAACUUCAAUGUCAGCAGGAGAUCAGAAGAAUGGUGGUGACAAACCAGGAGACACGGUGCCGGUGGCUGAGGUAUGGCCGGAGGUGGAGAGGGCCGAGUGUUUGGCCCGUGGCGCCGCCUUGAAGUGGGCAUCAGGAGUUUUCUGUCGGCCUGAACAUCUGGAGCGACUGAGCCAGUACAGGAAGAGAGAGAGUCAGAGGACUGCUUCCAUACACACCAGGCUCAAGUCCAUGGUCCAGUCGUACCUGGAGGGGGUAGGCUGGGGUCUGGAGCAGCUCCAGGAGGCCCGGGUGGAGCUCAGGGAGGUGUCACACACUUUGAAGAAAGCAGGACUGGAAUUCAAUCAAAACGCCAACGGGGUGAAGCCUCUGGAGAGGCUGAGAGAGGUGUCAGUCAACCACCGGCAGCUCCUCGCUGCUGUCAGCAACUUGCCACGUCUGUACUCAGUGCAUAGUCUGGUGUUAGAGACUGAGCGUCUGGUGGAAUCCCGCCGGCUCCUGGAGGCCCACGCCCGGCUGAUGGAUCUGGAGCGCUGGCAGGACGACAUCCUCUGGCAGCUCCAUGGAGCUGCUGGGACGGCAGGAAGUGCAAUCAGCAGUGAAGACAAAGAGCUGGUGGCCAAAUAUUUCUCUGGUGUUGGACAGCUUGUAGACGCCUUGGGUAAGGAGCUUUGGGCAGUGGUGAGCAGUGCUCUGGCUCUGGCCCGACAGAACCCCACACCGUUUGUAUCGGCAGUGAGGAUAGUGGAGCGGGAGGAAGCCCUGGACCAAGCUCUGCUGGAGGACAGAGGGGGCACCAAGAGCAACAGCAGGCCCCUGCCCCCUGGACGACCUCGCUGCUGGAGAGCAUGCUUCUUCAAGGUACUAGAGGAGGCGGUGUCUGCGCGGUUCCGUAGCGUGUCUUACCUGCACACGCGUGGCCCAGGUCUGGCAGGACACCUCUCUGCUCUCCAGCACGCUACCAUGGCUGACCUGGCCACUGUACGCCACCUGCUGGAGCACUGUGUGCCAUCCCACUACCGACUAACAGGAGCCUACCUGAGGGCCAGCCAUCGCUGUUUGCAAGCUCACCUGGCACAGGUUAGCAGCUGGGACCUGGAGAGUGGUGAAAUCUUUGCAGUGCUUAACUGGGUGCUGCACAUCUAUAACAGCCCAGACAUGAUGGGUCAUCCAGAGCUGGUGACUGAGAUGGAGAAAGAAGAGCUGGGACCUCUCAUCUCCGCCGAGGGCCUGGAGCAGCUGCAGGGCAAAUAUGUGCAGAGUGUUCGGAAGAGUGUGUCAGAGUGGAUGCACAAAGCUCUGCAGGUGGAGCUGCAAGACUGGCAGAGAGACCAGGAACCAGAUACAGACCAUCAAGGUUUCUACCAAACCAGCCUGCCUACCAUCAUCACACAGAUGCUGGAGGAGAACGCCCGGGUGGCUCUGAUGAUCGGAGAAUCCCUUCGAGAUCAGACAAUACAGAUGGGACUGUACGAGAUGGAGAACCUUUUGAACAGGUUUCGGGAAGCUCUGGUGGAAUUCGGGAAAGAACGUCGAAGGGCUCCAAGCAACGAUAAAAACAAGUUCUACCUCCACUACUUGCUGGCGUCGAUCAGCAACUGCAUCAUCCUCAAAAAGUCCACAGAGAGCCUGCAGCAGCAGCAGUCAUCACGCUCAGCCGGCCAGUUUUCUCGGACCCCUUCCAACCCGCUGGCAGCUCUGGACCGGGCCGUGAGACGAGCGUGUCGCCUGGUGAUGGAUCAGCUCCUUUUGGACCUUCAGCCUCUCCUCCCAGGCUUGCUGACCCGACCCUGGCUGGUCCAGGGGGACCCCACCCCCAAACUCUGCCAUGUCCUGGAACGUCACCUGGAGUUGUACGGCCGCGUCCGGCCGCCCUGCCGACAGCGUCUCCAGGAGGAGGCCCAGUGGCUGAUGGUGGUGGAGUACGUCAGGGCUCUGAUGCAGAAGAGGCUGGUGUGUCGCAGCGCAGACGAGAGGAGGCAGCUUGCUCAGCAGAUGGCUCAGGAUGACCAGCUGUUCAGAGAAAUCCUCCACAGCCUGGAGGGCGAUGGGUCGGCACCUGAGGUCAACCCUUUGGCCUUACUACCUGUCCUUGCUGACUUCAUCCGACUCAAAGACCCCACCAUGCUGACUCUGGAGGUGUCAGGACUGGCAGCCAAAUACCCCGACAUCAGUGAAGAACAUGUGUCUGUACUGCUGGACAUCCGCGGUGAUGUCUCCAGAGACAUCAGAGGGGCCGUAUUGGACUUGCUGGAGCAGAGCGCCCCCCCUUUGCCGGCAGGAUAUCGGCCCAUCUUCACUGACAUCCUGGUGCCUCCCUCGACCAUGGCCUUCUGUCUGCCCACUGCCAAGUGUGCAUGACUACGAUUGAAACUUUGGCCUGUACUCCAUUUUUUUGGAUCAUCAAACCCAGGUCCCCUUAGCUUGUUGAUACACUGCAGAGCAGAAACAUGCUGUUGAAUCUGUUCCUGCUAUAUCUCAGGCUAUGUUGAUGGAUGGACAACCUGUAUUCUACCUGUAUUCUCAUUAUUUAUCCAGGGAUAAUUUAUUUGACAAUAUGUAACACACAUCAUUUGUAUUGGGAGCCUCUCAGUCCUUGAUAGGGAUUCAUCUUCUUCUCCCUCAUCUACAGUUUACAAGAGCUGGUCUUUGCUGGUUCUGGUCGAAGUUCAGAAACACAUUUGUUUGAACCUAUGAUCCACUGGAGCUGAUUCGAUAACAACAGCUGCAUUAAUGCAGUAAAACAAUAUUACGGGUAGAACGGUGUCUGUUACAAGUUGUUGUAAAUAACAAAGUUGUUUGUGCUACAGAUGUAAAGCAAUUUUAAAAAGAAAGAAUAGCUGUAAUGUUCCUGUUGUCACUCAGAAAUCAAGUUUGCCUCAAUUUAUGACACUCUCAAAUAACAGAAAAGCUUUUAAUUUGCCCUAUUUGACAUAAACCCAGAGCCAGCUGCUUCCCGACCAUCCACCAGAAAUAAUAUUAUUUCUUGAAUGUUUUGGGGAACAGUCCCUUUUAGUAACACUGAGCCAUUGUAUAAGGCACUAUUACUGCAGAUCUUUCAGGAGCUUGUGACUCCUGGCCAACAGCUGGGAAACCUUAAACCAGACAGUCACACAUCUUUACUGGACUUUGAGGUUGGCACAUUAUCACUGAAGAACCGUCUCAUCCGUUCGUAUAUAUGAUGCACAGUUUUAUAGCAUAGUGUUCAGCCUGAUGGUCAUGGUGUAUGUAUCUAGACAGAGAGGUGUAAAAUUAAAUCAGAAUGAAACGUCAUUGUGCUCAUUUCUUGUGUCAUUUCACAGCAUCAUGUAUAUAUAGAGAAGAUAGAAGCUCUUAAAGCGCAUUGAUGCUUUUUUGGGAGAAUUGAAGAGAUGAAGAUUGUUACAUGAAUUACAAUGUACAGUAUUCAGCAGGGACUCUAGGACUGUCAACCAUCCUACCUGAAGAACUUAUGCUGCUGAUUCAUCCUAUAAAUCUCUAUCUCUAAGUUUUUCAUUAAUCUCUCUCCUUCUCUUCUUUUAUUUUCUCCAAAUUUACCAAGUACCAUUGUUUUUAUUGGAUGUUUUAAAUCAGAUUGUUUUUAAAAGUAUUUAUUGUAUAUAUGUGUUUCCUAGUGGUAUUUCAAAGGAU